AUCAUUCCUUCCUUUCUUCCUAAGCAGUGAAAGGAAAUGUACCGCAUCGUUAUUGAUAACAUCGUUAUCGUCGUUUAAUGUUUGCCACGACUCGUGUGUAACAGUUGGCUUCGCAAUUUAUUCAAUAUUUAUUUAUAUUUUCGUAAAUCAGAUAUCUCGCCGUCAAUCCUCUUUAGAAACUACAUGCCGAGCACACCUGUUGCUUCUUUGAUCAUCAAUUAAAUUAUCCCGAAAAUGUAAAUUCGUUUUCUCUACAUGAUAAAUGCCGUCUUCUUACUCUUUUUCUUCACUCUCAUUCUCUCUCUUUUUUGAUUUUCUUUCUCGCAUAAAUUCCCGGGUAAACACAUGUGUGCUCAUUAAGAUAUCGUACAUGGGAGGAAAUAAUAGUAGAUUAAUGUAGUCAUCACUGGUUUCGCUGUAUUCGCAGACGUGUCGAUAAUUGAAAUGUAUUCGGAGGUGCGGCGAGACGGAAUGUAUGACGUAUCUUAUUUGCAAGAUCUGUUAGAGGAUUUAUUCUCUAAGUAGAUAACACGACGUUGUACUGCCAUGUAUUAACUGCUAAAUCAUGUCUCAGUCAAACGUGCUCGGUUUCGGCGAAUGUGUUUCUUUUUAUCGCCAGAGCUUUUCUUUAUUAUCUUCUUAUAUCUUUUUAUCGAACGCGUUACUUCCGAAAAGAGCGAAAUGAAAAAAGUCGAGCGCAUGAUGCGUGCGUGAGAGCUUGAUGAGAAAAGUAUAUUCGGUUUGACUCGACGAUUCGAGUUACUUUAUAUAUUUGUAGUCGCAAUAACGUACCGCGACGACAUAGUUCGCGCGAUAUCACGCGAACGAGUGGAGGAGGACCGAUCGAACGACGUUUUCUCGCGGAUAUGUGCGAUGUUAAGCCAAUGUCCAACGACGAUGCGAACGGCGGAUAUAUUCGAACAUCCGGACAGAGAUACCCGGUCGUUGGUGGUGAGUGUAAGAGCGACCAGCAAUUUCUCGCUGAGGGAAUGGAAACGGAGGCGAGUGAGAUGCUCGAGGCGGCAACGCAUGACGGUAGCUUCGGCGAAAGGAAGCAGAUUAGUGCCGAGGGUGAGGCCGAGAGGAAGACUCACACGCUGAUACCGUCGAAGACGAAGGGAAGAAAGCGGGCGUUCUCUCUGCUCGACACACUGAUUUCUCUGAGCAUCGUCGGACCGUUGGCGAUCGGCUUCUGGAGGGGGAUCUGGACGUGGAUGGACCUCCACGCGGAUCUGUUUCCCGACUGGUUCUGCUUCGCGUCCGGCGUCUUUCUGCACGUGAUUUUCGCUUUCUACCAGGAUCGCUGUCACGACGUGUACAUGGACGAGUGGACGAAAUCGAGCGCGCUCGGGCGGCUGCCCUAUCGCGCACUGCGAAUCCUCUACACGUACGUCUUCGGCGUGGCGUGCAACGCGCAUUGGCGGGGUUGCUGGAUCAUCAUCAGCGAUUACUAUCUCAUGCACAUAUGGAUAACAACGUGCCUGAUGUGUUUGCUACUGGCUUGCCUGGCGAUUCUGCGCUGCGUGCGGAACUUGAUAGCGCCGCCAUUGUUAAUCUUCAUCGAUACGCCGGCUCACGUUUUUCAAUUUCCAACCAGAUACAAUGCGAAUACGAGGGACUGGUCAUUGUACUUAUUGGAUUGUGCCUUUAGCGUAGGCGUCGUGGGCACGUUGGUCGUUUUUGUCUGGAGAGGCGUCUGGAUUCUAUUCGAUCUUUAUCUGUUUCCAGAAAAUCCAGGGUAUUCCGCCGUCGGCUCACUUGCCAUCGGAUACUCGAUAGUGGCGGUGACGUUUUGCCUGCAGCCGCUAAUGCGAUACGUCUGCGCGCGUCUUCAGGGCCUGGUCCGCCUGGUAGUCGCGGACGCUUUUCUACUGUUGAGUUUUCUGGGCACCGUGAACGUCUGGCGCGGUAUAUGGAUCGCGUUGGACCUCUGGCUGCUACCGGACAAUCCAGAACUAUCCUGCUGGAUCACUCACAUCGGCUGCUUCGUCUUUCUCGUCCUCCUUAACUGUAGCAACUCUAUUCUAGUUCGUGGUGUCUACAUCGAUGCCGAGGAAGAGGAAGGCAAAUGCGUUGUAUUUCCGUGUCACUAUCUUCGAUUGUUCUUCAAGAUCGAACGCGAGAAGAAGGAGGCGAGACGACAGAAGCUGCUGGUGGCCUCGCGAGAUUUCGACGGCCACGUCGACGUGAACGGGAAGGACAGCGACAACGGGACCCUCCUGCCGAACAACACCACGGUGACGAUUAUACCGAUGAGCGCGGACUCCAGCGUCGCAUAGGCACCGAGAGAGAGAGAGAGAGAGAGAGGGAGAAACCGAUCCGUCGCGAAUUCGCGACUCAGCCAGGUGGGGACGAUAGUUCGCCGCGCGCGCGUGCACGAGCUCGGCACGGAGCUCGGUGAGGGAUAGAGUACAAGCGAAUCACCAGCAGGAUCCUUCCUCCUUCAGAUCGUCGUACCGUUGUCAGUUUUGCGCCGGUCCCUGUGUCUCUCGCAGGAAACGCGCGACAAUCCUCGGCUUCAGAUCGGUCGGGAUACAGAGUGAUUGCGAGAGAGAGAGAGAGAGAGAGAGAGAAACCGAUACAUUCGUUUGUUCGCGACGUGCAGCAAAAGAAAGGAUCGGGAAAGUUUUGAUCGACUUUUUAAAAGUUCUCUCGCUCGUACUAACGAGAGAAGGAAGAGCAGAGUAAAAAGAAAAACGCCGUUCGUUACCGGGGAAAGAUAACUUGUUGUACGAGUAACGCGUUGCUUCCCGGCCGUGAGGAAAGGCCAUGCUAUGCGGCCGAGGAAGGCGUGUAUGGCUGUGAACGAGCGUACAAAGUGAACACAUACGUUUGCGCUGAGGCAAUACUUGCUUUGUACGAUCAUAGGUCGAAUAUCGUAGGUCGCGGGGCGACGCUACGGUGGUGUCGCGCGAAAAUAGGAAUAUACGACGUGUACACGAGUGAUGAUCGUCGUUGAAGCGACGUGACGCGACGUAGGAAGGGACCCGAAAGUAUUUUAGGAACUCUAAUGCUGCCAUUCGUGCGUUUUAUCUACACCAGGAUCGCUCGUGUAGUCGCAAUCACGUCUGAAAACGAAUGCGUUUAUUAAAAAAAAGAAAGAGAGAGAAAGAAGGAGAGAGAGAGAAAGAUUAUUUAUAUAUUUAUUUAAGUAUGAAAGAGAGUAAAAAAACGCGAACUCGCGCGCGAGAAUUGAUUCAUAGAGAUAUUUACCGAAUAAAUCAAAUAUUAUAUAAUAUCAA